AUAAUUAUGGAAAGCCACAGGGGACCCCCAAGUCAUGUUCUAUAUAUUCAUAGUAAUUCAAUCUUGGGCGGUCAUGUUUACAAUCCCGGCCAAGUCAUGAUCGGCCACACGGGACCCCCAAGUCAUGUUCUAUAUAUUCAUAGUAAUUCAAUCUUGGGCGGUCAUGUUCUAUAUAUUCAUUGUAAUUCAAUCUUGGGCGGUCAUGUUCUAUAUAUUCAUUGUAAUUCAAUCUUGGGCGGUCAUGUUCUAUAUAUUCAUAUAAUUUCAAUCGGUCAUGUUAUGAUUGCAACUCUGACCAAGUCAGGUUUGGUUUGAUAGCAUAACAUGGCCUUCUUAUCUUUGCCGGUCAUGAUUUGACAACCCUGGCCUAGUCAACAUAUAUCCCAUGUUUUACAUCUUGACUAGGCCAUGAUUUUCUAUCCCAAGAUUGCAUUGGCCAAGAUACAUUACUUCCAAACGCAGUCAAGAUUUACUUCCCAAGAUUUUAUAGGAUCGAGAUUCGGCCAAGAUAGCACAUAACUUCCAUACGCAGUCAAGAUUCACUUCCCAAGAUUUCAAAAGACAAAGACUAAUUUCCCAAGAUUUCAAAAGAUCAAGAAUAGGCGAAGAUUUUUUCGCGGCAAGCAUCGGAGUCGAGACCCACUUAAAGGGUUUAAUUUGGUAUGUGCACCAUAAAUGAGGACACAGAAUUAUGGAUGAAAAUUUAAAAGACAUCAUUAGAAGGUACCACAGAAGAGGUUUAUCUCACAAGGAAAUUCACUUUUUACUGAAAAUAAGACAUGGUCAAAACUAUAGUUUCCAAUAUCUGAAGAGAAAAGUAAUACCAAGAUUAAAUUUAAAUGACAGAAGAGGAAAUAGAAACCUGCCAGAUUUUGAUGAAGUAUUGGAUCUGAUAAAGAAUGAAGUGAAAAUAAAACCAGAUCGAAGUAUCUCUGACAUGUUUUUCAGAUUGAAAACAAUCCAUGGGUGCAAUGUUCGAAGAGAAUUGGUGAGGCAAAUAAUGAAAGCACUAGACCCUGUCGGCGUGUCCCUCAGGAAGGGAAACAAACUGAAACGAAGACAGUACCUUAGUAAAGGUCCCAAUUGGCUUUUGCAUAUAGAUCAGUAUGAUAAAUUGAGCCCUUUUGGGAUUUAUAUCAGUGGAUGCAUUGAUGGGUUUUCCCGCUAUGUGCUAUGGGUGGAAGCUGGUGUCAGCAAUAAAAACUGCAAAAAGAUUGCAGGGUACUUUUUGAAGACUUUGGAGAAUGUUAAAGGAUUUCCACAUAUUAUUCGAGGAGAUGCAGGAACAGAGAAUGGGACAGUAGCUGCCAUUCAAAACUUCUUGAGAGAAGAUGAUGAUGACUGCUUCAGCAAGAAAUCCUUCCUCUAUGGAAAAUCCACACAUAAUCAAAGGAUAGAGAGAUGGUGGGGAAUUUUUGAGAAGAAAAUGCACAGAUCGAUGGAUUCAUCAUUUUAAGGAAUUAGAAAAAGAUGGUCAUUUUACAAUUGGUGAUGAUCUUCAUAUAACUUUAGUUCAGUACUGCUACAUGCAGAUUAUCAGAGAAGACUUGGAAGAAGUGAAAUUUGCCUGGAAUAACCACAGAAUCAGGAGACAAAAAUCAGGUGAUAUUGUUCCUGGGAUACCUGAGCUCCUUUAUCAUGUUCCUGAAAUGUUAGGCAAUCCACAGUGCCAAAAUUAUCUUCAUUAUAUCGAUGUUAAUGAUGAGCGGUUUCAUUUUCUGAAAUCUCAGUGCUGCUUUGGAAAUGACUUGGAUGAUGACAUUAAGGAAGCUUUUGACAUCAUCUCAGACUAUUACCCUCCUUCAACAAUAUUAGAAGCCAGAACUAUGUAUAUUGCUCUCAAAGAUGGAUUGGAACACCAGAUAUAUCAUUAAUUUUUUUGCUUUUUUGGGGGUAUUUUAUAUCCUAUUCUCAUAAUUCAUGAUAUAUUGUAUGAAUUCUGGGUUGUGUAUGUUUAAUUAUGAACAUCUGUUUGUACACAUCAAGUACAUGUACUUUGUACAUCAUCAGGAAACAUAUUAUAUGGGAAUUGUAAAACAUGUACAAAUGAAAAACAAAAUUAAA